AUGUUUCUCUUCAGCAAAAACAAGAACAUGAAGUACGACAAGCUGGCCGGAGAUGUUGAGUUGGAGGAAGAUAGCCCGGUGGAUAAUCCACAGAGUCCCAUGCAAUUUCAAAGAUUCGGAUUGAUUUUGGCUUUAACAACGGCCAAUAUUCUCAGCGCGGUGUUCAUUUUCGCGAUAUUUGCGCGACAGGGAAAACAAGCGCAUGAUAUGUUCCAGACAGGUUAUCCGACCGAUUUUGACUCAGCUCGACAACACAUUGAAUUGGAACAAGUCAUCUUCACGGGUUCUCCGUCUUACACUUAUGCGGGCGUUGAAUUUCAGCACCACCCGGCCAAAGUUCAAUAUGUUGGCAAGCCAAGUUCAGAAAUUGAUCAAGCUUGGACGGAUUUAGUAUCAGGGGGCGAAUUUUUAAUAACAGAAGAGGAAGUUAACACCCAAUGGCCGGGUGUUAAUAGUGAGUUAUGGGAUCAGGAACAUGGUGGUUAUAUGGUCAGACUCGAAGUCUUUCAAACACUUGGUUGUUUGGACUUGGUGCGUCGUGGCUUAUCACCAGCAUACUACAACUUGACUGAUGACGAUCACGCUUAUUCUUCAAAUGGUGAGCUUGAAAGUUAG